GAGAAAUGAAACAGAGAGAGAAAGUGACAGACACCAGCAGAAACAAAGAGUUAGUGUUGUUGUUGAGGUUGAGGUUGAGGUUGUAGUGAGAUUAGUGUUACAGCAGCAACGAUCCAUAGAGAAGAUUGAAAAGAUGAACACAGAUAUCACUGCUUCCACUAAACCAGAGUACCCGGUCGUUGAUCGCAACCCUCCUUUCUCUACUGUCGUCGGCAACUUCAAUACCCUCGAUUACCUUCGUUUCGUCACCAUCACCGGCGUUUCUGUUACCGUCGGAUACCUCUCCGGGAUUAAGCCUGGAAUCAAGGGACCUUCAAUGGUGACUGGUGGUUUGAUUGGUGUGAUGGGUGGAUUCAUGUAUGCUUACCAGAACUCUGCUGGUCGUAUCAUGGGAUUCUUUCCCAAUGAUGCUGAGGUAGCUCGUUUCAACAAAAAGUGAUCUUUUUCUUCUUCUUCUUCUUCUUCUUCUUCUGUUCUACAAAGAGAAACCUUUUUUUAUGAGUAAUUUAAUAAUCAGAUUUACUUCACUUCAAUAUUGUUGUUGUUAUUCUGAUGAUUUUUGAGGAUUCUCUGCGUCAAUUUGCUUUACAAGUUAGUUCAUUUUGACUUCCAUUUUUUAGAUAAACUUUUAGAGCAUACGUGUUAUGUCUUUAAAUAUACCACAGCUCCAUGAAUUCUCUGUUGUGUGCUUCUUACUAGUAAAUAGUAAUGGAACAAAUCUUGGGUUUGACCCAAUGUUGUUGAA